ACCCCCAUUUCUCUCUUUUGUUCUCUGUUUGAACUCAAAUUGUGCAAAAUAAUUAGAAAAAAAGAAAAAUUAAAAAUUAAUUCACAACCUCGGGUUUCAAUGGCGUCCAGCGAUGAACGUGCCUACGAAUCAACCAAUUCGGAAUCAGAGAAGCCGAAAGCGAAGAAGAAGAAGAAGAAAGCCAGUGAAGAAGAGCUGAGAAUAGAAGGCUACUCAAUCGACGGAUUGUCAAUCGCCGGUCACGAAACCUGCGUUAUUUUGCCCACUCUCAACCUAGCUUUCGACAUCGGCAAGUGCCCUCAACGCGCCGUCUCGCAGCAGUUUCUGUUCAUCUCCCACGGCCACAUGGACCAUAUUGGAGGACUGCCUAUGUAUGUUGCUACACGGGGCUUAUACCGAAUGGCGCCUCCGACUAUUUUUGUGCCGAAAGUGAUCAAAGAAAAUGUGGAGAAGAUUUUUGAAGCACACAGAGCAAUGGAUCAUUCUGAGCUAAACCACACUCUUAUCGGACUCGAUGUAGGUGAAGAGUUUUAUUUACGACGAGAUCUUAAAGUGAGAGCAUUUAGAACUUAUCAUGUCAUUCCGAGUCAGGGAUAUAUAGUUUAUUCUGUGAGGCAGAAACUUAAGCAGGAAUAUGUUGGCCUAACCGGAGCCGAGAUAAAGAAUCUGAAGCAAUCAGGUGUGGAGAUUACAGAUACAUAUACAUCACCAGAAGUUGCUUUUACGGGAGAUACUAUGUCAGAUUUCAUUGUCGAUCCGGAAAAUAUUGAUGCUUUAAGGGCAAAGAUUCUCAUAAUGGAGAGCACCUUUGUUGAGGAUUCAAGUAAGGUUGAGGAUGCAAGAGAAUACGGGCACACUCAUUUGUCUGAGAUUAUCGGUUACGCAGAUAUGUUUCAGAACAAAGCAAUUCUUCUUAUUCACUUCUCAGCCCGCUAUCAAUUAGAUGUUAUUGAGAAAGCUAUUUCCGGUUUGCCGCCUCCAUUGGCGGGACGAGUUUUUGCCCUGACGAAAGGUUUUUGAAGUGCUGCAACAGCAAAGCAAGUUCGUUCACAUUAUUAGUGAAAAAUAAUUAUCUGAAAUAGACUCACUCGGUUAGAAAUACCAUUGUACUUCAUUCUUAUUGGAAUUAAUUCCUUUUUUUUUUUUUUAUUAUUAUUAUUUAAAUUUCCAUGAACUGGUUUUGAA